AUGGACGAAACUGAAGUAAAAGAAUAUCGCUGGGAAGGCGGUUAUGAAAAAACAUGGGAGGAAGUCAAAGAAGAUGAAGGAGGAAAUGUCGAAUGGUCGGUUAAAGAGAUUAUUGAAAAAUCUAAGCGGUUACUGGCAACUCGGCAGCCUAAUGUCCGUCUGGGCAUGAUGCGACAUUUGUUUGUUAUUGUGGAUAGUUCCAAUUCAAUGGUUGAAAAGGAUUUAAAACCUACUAGACAAUUGUGUACUUACAAAUUGCUUCAGGAUUUCAUUCAAGAUUAUUUUGAUCAAAAUCCAAUUAGUCAACUUGGUCUGAUAACUACAAGAAAUUCAUCUGCAGAGCGUAUAUCUGAAUUGUCUGGCAAUAGAAAAUAUCAUCUUGAAGAAUUGAAAAAAACAUUUGGAGAUUUUAAUUAUUGCAAUGGAUUGAUGUCUGUGCAAAACUCUUUAGAAAUUGCAUUGUCAGUUAUGAAAAUGUUGCCUUCCCAUACUAGUAAAGAAAUACUUAUUAUUGGAUCUAGUUUGAGUUCGUGCGACCCAGGAGAAAUAAAUACUUCUAUAGAAAUGCUUAAAACCCAUAAUAUUAGAGUUUCAAUGAUACACUUGGCUGCUGAAGUACGGAUGUUUCGACAUUUGUGUAAUGAAACUAAAGGCAAACAUAAUGUAAUUGUAGACGAUGUACAUUUUAAGCACAUUCUUUGGUCGUUAGUGGAACCUGUUCCUCUACCAAAUUCAGUUGAUGCAUCAUGUGUGAAAAUGGGUUUUCCUCAAGAGUUAGAACAAAAACCACCAUUCACCACUUGCUCCUGUCAUUUAGCAGAAGGUGGCAAAUUAAACGCAAAAGGUUUCUUUUGCCCACAAUGUAACAGCAAGUAUUGUGAAUUACCUGUAGAGUGCAAGUGCUGUGGCCUCAUACUCGUGUCUUCUUUACAUCUUGCGAGAUCAUUACAUCAUUUGGUUCCUAUUAAGCCAUUUAUAAAAAUUGAGCUUGAAGAAGGUUCUAGUGCCUACUGCUAUGGAUGCAGAAAGAGAAUAAAGGUCCCUGCUGAAAAUGUAUACUUUUGUGAAUCUUGUAAAAAACAUUACUGUGAUGGCUGUGACAUUUAUGUGCAUAAUACAUUACAUGUGUGUCCAGGCUGUGCUGUUAAACGAGAUGAAAAAAGAUAA